AUGAUGGGUUUCAUACGACAUCUACAAGCACGUCUGACUGAUUAUCGUUGGCGAUUUGCUCCGGCCGUUUAUGCACGACUCGCCAGGAGUGAUCGUAGCGCUAUACCUCUCACAGUGGACAUUCCUAAGGAAGAGGUCGAUCUGUAUUUGCGAAAUGUACUAGAACUGCUUGCGAGGGAGUUUUACGAUAUCAACUUCGCUAAAGGAGUUCCGCAACACAAACGAGAACAUGCCUGGGAUGUUUUGGAGAAGUAUCUAGGCUUCCUACUCGUUAGGCGGCCAAGUACAAUAAGCGGAGCUGGGAACGGUGUUUUUGUUGAGAAAGAUGGCAACGAUGUGCGAUUAUCUCGUCGAAUACAUCGUUCAUGCUGUUAUAGAGACCUUGCUCCUGACGUCAGCGACUUGACAUGGCUUGAGGAUGAGCCUUUCAACUAUCUGAACAUGGGUCAGUACAUCAACAACGAACCUGGGCCAAAUCUGCACAAUGUUCAGUAUUUCGAUUUGGACAUUUACAACUGGCCACAAAGGCUGCGGAAGUUUCUGCCAUUCGUCGCUUAUUCACCCCAUCGAACAGCACCACUCCGGGUAGUGGUUCUGAUUUCAGUGAGGGAAAUCGUUGAAGGCGAAGAGUUGUUUUCGGCUUAUAUAUCAAAGUAA